UGAAGUACACGGAGGAAACAGAAACGAACACGUGAGCAGUCAUUGGAAGGGCUGUGAUACGUAUUGUGUGAGACCCACUGUAACCUUACCAGGCUAAGAAAGAAACAUUUUCUGAUUCGGGAAACUCUCACAUCAAGAUUCUCAAAUCAUCGAAAGAGGAAAACCUUACAAGAACACCAUACACAAGCGUUGCACCAACACCACCACUGCCGCCAGCAAGAGCAGAGCUUUGAAACCCAUCAUCACCGGCCGGAGAGCCGAAGUUUGUGUUUGUUUGAAGGGAAGGGAGAGGAAAGUGGAGAAGAAUAGAUCAAGUUAAGAUGGGGGUGGAUUACUACAAGAUCUUACAAGUAGAUAGGAACGCAAAAGAUGAUGACUUGAAGAAGGCUUAUAGGAAGCUUGCCAUGAAAUGGCAUCCUGAUAAGAAUCCCAAUAAUAAGAAAGAGUCUGAAGCUAAGUUUAAACAAAUCUCUGAGGCCUAUGAGGUUCUUACUGAUCCUCAGAAAAGAGUAGUGUAUGACCAAUAUGGUGAAGAGGGUCUAAAAGGCUCAGUACCACCCCCUGAUACAGGUGGAACUUCCUACUACUCCACUGGAGAGAUCCCUACAUCAUUCCGAUUCAAUCCCCGGAAUGCUGAUGAUAUUUUUGCUGAGUUUUUUGGGUUUUCAAGACCAUUUGGAGGCAUGGGAGGCGCUGGUGGAGGCAUGAGAGGAACAAGGUUCUCGAGUGGAAUAUUUGGUGAUGAUAUGUUUGGGUCUUUUGGUGAUGGGGGAGGAGGGUCAAUGCAUCAAAGCGGCCCUAGAAAAGCUCCUGCAAUUGAGAAUAAGUUACCUUGUAGGCUUGAGGAACUCUACAAGGGAACUACCAAAAAGAUGAAGAUUUCUCGAGAGAUUGUUGACAUAAGCGGCAAGACCAUGCAGGUGCAGGAAAUUCUAACAAUUGACAUAAAGCCUGGAUGGAAGAAAGGCACAAAGAUCACCUUCCCAGAGAAAGGGAACGAACAGCCAAAUGUCGUACCUGCUGAUCUCGUCUUCAUAAUCGAUGAGAAACCCCACCCCAUGUUCACUCGCGAUGGAAGUGACUUAAUAGUCACGCAAAACAUUUCUUUAGCCGAAGCACUGACAGGAUAUACUGUCCAUCUCACUACCUUAGAUGGAAGGAAUUUGUCCAUUCCAAUCAGCAGUGUGAUUCAUCCGAACUACGAGGAAGUCAUCCCAAGAGAAGGAAUGCCAAUUCAAAAGGACCCGACAAAGAGAGGAAAUCUGAGAAUCAAGUUUAAUAUUAAGUUCCCUACAAGGCUGACAUCAGAGCAGAAAGCUGGAAUCAAGAAACUUCUGGGUUCCUGAGAUCAACUUUCAGAGAAAAAGAGAGCUUGUUUUGUGAAUAGUCAAAAUAGGAUGAGGUAUUGUGGAAUGGAGUUUGUUGAUGAAAGUAUGCAAUUUAGUGACAGAUUUUGAUAGUUUUCUGGUGCAUGUGUUUUCUUUCUUGGUCAUAGUUUGUCCCUAAAUCUAAACGUAAUAUAGACAAUGUCUAGUUAUAGUUAUCAAUGAAAGCUUUUUUAUUCCCCC